AGUCUUGGACUUGGUCACAUAUAAUAAAAAAAAAAUGUCACCGGAAAAUGUUAAUUGUUUGCCGGAAUCCGACGUCAAAUUGACCUUGGGAUUGCCGGGCAGUGGACGCAUUCCGUCGAAACCCGGGAUGAAACGUGGGUUCUUGGAAACCGUUGAUCUAAACCUUGAGCUUGAUCAAGAGGUUGCAGCUAAACCUCCUGCGGCAAAGGCGCAAGUGGUGGGGUGGCCGCCGGUGAGGUCGUUCAGGAAGAAUGCAAUGAAGAGUUGCAAGUAUGUGAAGGUGGCUGUGGAUGGAGCUCCUUAUUUGAGAAAGGUGGAUUUGGAGAUUUACAGUAGUUAUCAGGAACUGUUGAACGCUCUUGAAGAAAUGUUCUCGUGUUUGACCAUUUGGAAUUAUUUGAAUGAGAGGAAGAUAAUGGACAAUGUAAACGGAAUGGAAUAUGUUCCAACUUAUGAAGACAAGGAUGGCGACUGGAUGUUGGUUGGAGAUGUGCCAUGGAAAAUGUUUGUUGAAUCGUGCAAGCGUCUAAGGUUGAUGAAAAGCUCAGAGGCAAUUGGAUUAGCUCCUAGAACACCUUCAAAGAACUCUAGUACAAGUUGAAGGAUUAAACACUAAUUCUUGGGAGUGACAGUUGCUGUACAGUAGAGAUCAUCAGGCUUUUAUGGUUUCAUUUCGAUACGAAUCCCAUUUGUUUUUGUGGGAGAGUUUUGAUUAGAAAUACAGAUUGUUAGCAAAAUAAAAGAUCCUUAGCUACCUGUAAUUACCAGAAGCUGCAGUGUAGUUCUAAUCUAAUGCAUGUGAAUUUGUUUCUGGACAUCUUAAAUUUAAUGUUCAAUCAAAUUUU